AUGGGGAUUACUGCUUUAUGGUCAAUUUUAGCUCCAGGAUUUGAUCCCAGGAUACCAUUUCCUAUAUUUGUAUCUGAAUUUAUAAAUCAAUAUGGAAGAACCCCUAGGAUAGCUAUCGAUGCUUACAUGUUUAUAUUCCAAUCAAAUCAUAGUAAUUUACAAGGUGCUGAACGUGAGAAUGAUAUUCAAGUUAGGAAUAUAAUGUCAAAAUUGAUGUAUUUGACUCUGCUUAGUGUUUCAUAUGUCGUGGUUUUUGACGGGAGAUAUAAACCACAAAAAUUAAGGCAUAAUGAAGACAUGUAUCAUUGCAUAUCUUACGAUGAUCAAUUGAACGAGUUUCAAAAAAUUGCAUUUAAAAAUGAAAACUACAUUGAAGACUCGCUGUGUACUCCAUUAAUAGACAGAUUGAUUGAAAUUUUCAGAGUAAAUAAAAUUGAUUUUAUUCAAUCUCCUGGUGAAGCAGAGGCAGAAUGCGCAAUGUUACAAAAGUUUGGUGUCGUUGAUUUUGUUUUGACCAAGGAUACAGAUGUUUUUGUUUUCGGUGCAACAAAAGUCUUGAGGAAUUUCAGUAGAUCUGAGCAGGAUCUUGCCGUCUCAAGCACCUCAAAUUCUGUAAAAGAUUAUUAUGUUACGCCAGUAGAUAUGGCCAAGGUUGCAAAGGAAACUGGAUUAGACUACCAAAGAUUAAUUUUAGUUGCGACUUUACGAGGAGGCGAUUACUCCAAUGGAAUGAAUAAUAUUGGCAUAACAAGGGCAACCAAGAUAGCCUUAUGCGGAACGAAAUUUGCUACUUUUUUCCAUUUAUCUCCAAGGAAGACUAAAAAGAAAAAGGAAAUAAAAUUUUAUGAGCCAUUGCCAGAUUUCUCCAAAUUAUUGGUAGAUUGUUUUAUUGAUAGAGCUUGUUUAAAUGCUUUUGAUCCAUUUGCUCUGAUAAAAGGCGCAGGUAUAAGAAGAACGGAGUUAGAGAGAUUCACAAGUCUUUUAAAUCAAUGCAUAAAUACAAGGUCAAGAGACAUAUUUGAUAUGGAUAUUAAAUUUCCAUCAUCUCUCUUUAUAGAUGAAUAUUUCACACUACUUUACCUAUUUCCCAUAGUGAGUCCGCAAUUAUUUAAGUUUGUGCCGUAUACUUUAAGUUUUAGCGAGUUAAAUGUGAUAAAUAAUGAUUUGACUGUUCCGGAAAGUUGUUUUAUGCUUGUCAGUGAUCCAAAAACCUGGAUUGAAAGUAUCCCAAGGUUUAAUAAUAUGUUAAAAGAUAAAAAUAUUGGGUUUCUGGAACUAUCUAUGCGGACUGACGAAUUAGGAAAUGUUAGGAUUAUAAAUUGUACAAGCAAGAAUUCACAGAACAUUUGUGAACGACGUUCUAAAUCCAUGAUUCCUGAUGGGUAUAAAUAUAAUAUUAAAAACAUCAUUAUCAAACUUCUAUCGUGGGUCAAUGGAAUGCCUACUCUUCGUGAAACGAUUAAAAUUACUAACAAGAAAUCUAUUAAUCAUAUUGAAUUUCUUAUGCUUAAGUUUGAACCUGAAGGAAUAAAAAAUGUCUUAAUCAACCUGCAUGAUUUACCAAGAACGUUUUCCGAAAAUGAAAAUGAAAGGUUGCUGCCUCCUAAAGACAAAUUAGAAAGUUUAUGGCUUCCAAGAAACUUAGUCGAGUUAAUUAAUUCAGAAAUGGUUCAAGAUUAUGAAAUAUCGAUCGCGGUACAUGAAAAGGAGAAAAUUAAGCGAUCACCAAGAAAAUAUAAGACCGUACAAAGAACAACUCUAGAUACGUUGGGGUUGGCUAGUCAUCAGGAUAGAAAAAAUGAAUUCAGGAAGGAAAAUAAUAAUGUGGAUAUUAAGACUCAAGGUUCUCCUCUGAAAACAAUGGGUUUAUCAAAAGCGAAAAGUAUAUCCCCUAAAAAGCGUAUUCAGUUAUCAGGACAGUCACUUGUAACAUCGUUUUUUCCUCAUUACAAGCAUGUUAAGGAAGAUAAUCCUUUUAUUGAAAAUGAUUCUCAGAUUAAUAAACUAGAUUCAUUAUUCGUUAAAGACCGGUAUGAAGGUAAGAAUAAAGAGAUUCAAAACAAUAAAACGAGUAACCAGUACGGUAAAUUGAGGUUGGAGAAGUCACUUAAUUCAAAUUUACAUUAUGAAGAACCUCCGUCAAAUGAAGACAUGACGGGCUCUCCUAAACGAAAGGUGCCUUCGCUUGCCCAAGAUAUUUCAAGUCCUCAAAGUAGCCCUUCAAAGAGGCGUCAUAUUAAAGAAAAAAUGCACCUCUCGCCCGAAUCUUCUCCAAUGAAGCAACAUUCUCGAUUUGAACAUGAUGGUGCAUUAUUGAUUCCAGUACAAGAUCGAAGAAGCUCUUCUCCAAAAACCAUGCUCGAGACAACAAAUUAUAGAGGAAUGUCAGAAACUAGGACUAAUGGCGUAUCCACAGCUUUGGAUAUAAUACAAAUAAGCGAUAGUGACAGCGACAUAGAUUCGAGCUCUCUUAUGGAAAUAAAUCUUAGCACUUUCCAGAACAAGAGUUAA